AUGAGGAGCACCAGUUUGGGAAUUAGGUUGGGAAUUGCUUUCUCUGUUGUCCUGAUGGUUGCAAUCAUAAUCACCAUCAAAAGAGAUUCCUUGACUCAGCUUUGUAGGAACCUGGUGUAUGUGCCGUCUCUGGCCAAACACACAUCUCCGGUGGUGCCCGAGGAACGUUAUGGAAGAAAUCACACCAAGAAGACUAGUAGCUCUAUUGUAAAGGAGGAAAAGGAAUCUGGUGGUGAUCAUCACAUCACAAAGGAAGUGGAAGAGAGUGAAAUGCAGCAAGAAGAUGCCGAAUCUAGAUGGACAUCUUGUAACUUUCCUUCUUCUGCUGCCCAGUUAGCAGCUGCCCUACAUGAUCCCAUGACUCUUGAUAUGGAUGCUGUCCUCUCAGACUUCGUUCAGUCCACGGGGGCAGAGCCUGGUCUAGCCAGAGAUUUGUUGGAAGGCAAAAACUGGGACUUCACUGCUGCUUUGAGUGACUAUGAACAGCUCAGGCAGGUGCAUACAGCCAACCUGCCCCAAGUGUUCAACGAAGGAAGGUAUCCCAAGCCGCAGCCGCAGCAAAAGCCAGAUAAAGAACUUUCCCAACAGGUGAACAAGAGUGAGCGGCUAUCCUUUCCUAGACAGGAGGACAUCUCCCAAGAGAAGAGGCUUUCUAGAGGAAUCUCUCAUGCCAGUUCCGCCAUUGUCUCGCUCGCUCGCUCUCACGUGGCCACCGAAUGUAACAAUGACCAUUUCUCUCUGGAGAUGCCCAUCUACACCUUCCAGCUUCCUGACCUCAGUGUUUACAGUGAAGACUUCAGGAGCUUCGUUGAGCGGGACCUGAUUGAGCAGGCCACCAUGGUCGCUUUGGAACAAGCGGGUCGUCUCAACUGGUGGUCAACGGUGUGCACCAGCUGCAAGCGUCUUCUUCCAUUGGCCACAACCGGUGAUGGAAACUGCCUCUUGCACGCGGCUUCUUUGGGGAUGUGGGGCUUUCACGACCGAGACCUCGUCUUACGGAAAGCACUUUACGCCAUGAUGAGGAGUGGGGCUGAAAGGGAAGCUCUGAAGAGAAGGUGGAGGUGGCAGCAGACCCACCAAAAUAAAGAGUCAGGACUGGUUUACACGGAAGAAGAGUGGGAGCGGGAGUGGAGCGAACUCCUCAAGUUGGCAUCCAGUGAACCACGCACUCACAUCAGCAAAAACGGGGGCAGCGGUGGUGGAGUGGAGAAUUCCGAAGAACCCGUCUACGAGAGCUUAGAAGAGUUCCAUGUUUUUGUGUUGGCCCACAUAUUAAGGCGACCAAUUGUCGUUGUGGCAGAUACAAUGCUACGGGAUUCAGGAGGAGAAGCAUUUGCACCCAUCCCCUUUGGAGGAAUUUACUUGCCCUUAGAAGUCAUGCCCAACCGAUGCCAUUGCUCUCCCCUCGUCCUGGCCUACGACCAAGCCCAUUUCUCGGCCCUCGUGUCAAUGGAACAGAAAGACCAGCAGAAGGAGCAAGCGGUGAUCCCUCUGACCGAUUCUGAACAUAAAUUACUGCCUUUGCACUUUGCGGUUGAUCCGGGCAAAGACUGGGAAUGGGGCAAGGAUGACAAUGAUAACAUCAAAUUGGCCAAUUUGAUUCUGUCCCUGGAGGCAAAGCUGAACCUUCUGCACAGUUACAUGAAUGUAACCUGGAUCCGCAUGCCGUCAGAAACACGGGCUCCCUUGGCUCAGCCAGAGUCUCCUACGGCAUCGGCUGGAGAAGACGUCCAGUCGCUGGCAGACUCCAUGGAUUCCGACAGGGAUUCUGUCUGCAGUAAUUCCAACGGCAAUAACGGCAAAAACGGGAAAGAGAAAGAGAAGCAGAGGAAAGACAAGGAGAAGAACCGAGGGGAUUCCGUGGCUAACAAACUUGGGAGUCUCAGUAAGACUCUGGGCAUCAAGCUGAAGAAGAACAUGGGGGGUCUGGGUGGGCUGGUCCACGGCAAGAUCAACCGAGCCAACGCUGGGAAUGGCAAAAACGGGGGGGAGGUCACGGAGAAGGCUAAAGAGAAGAAGUCAAAAUCGCGUAAAGGGAGCAAGGAGGAAUCGGGCCGCUCUGCGAGCACCUCCCCCUCGGAGAAGACCACCACCCCGUCCCCCACAGAGAAGGCGAGCAUCUCCCCUGCAGAAAAAGCCAACGCAAAAUCCCCGUCCUGGAAAUACAGCACCGAUGUGAAGCUGAGUCUGAACAUCUUAAGAGCCGCCAUGCAAGGAGAGCGGAAGUUCAUUUUUGCCGGCCUCCUCCUGACCAGCCACAGACACCAGUUCCACGAGGAGAUGAUUGGCUACUACUUGACCAGCGCCCAAGAGCGCUUCAGCGCCGAACAAGAGCAGAAGAGGAAAGAGGCGGAGAAGAAGGCCGCGGCUCUCGGCAGCUCCUCGUCUCGCAAACUGGACCAAGAAGGGUUUUCCAAGGAGAAGCUGGAUUCAUCUCCUCAGGGGAGGGCAUCCCCCGUGUUGCCUCAAAGCCAUACCACUCAGCUGGUUUUAAAGUUCAAAGACCGGGCUAGUCCCACGCCGGCUUCCUUUUCUUCACCGAGCAACGGAGCCAAGGGGAGUGGACCCAUCCCGGUAUCUGCCCAUUAUAGCCAUACGCCCCCCAUCCAAAGGCAGAGCGUCAUCCACUUGCACGACUUCAACACCAAGCCAUCCAGCUUCCAAGACGAUGUCUACAAGCCCAUGGUGGGCACCCUAAAAACAUGUGCCACCUACCCUCAGCAGAACCGCUCAUUGUCCUCGCAGAGUUAUAGCCCAGCAAGGAUAGCGGACAUUCGUACGGUCAACACGGUGGAGUCUUUGGCCUACGCUCUGCCCACGGACCCCAAGUCGCAAACAUACACCAACGGGUUCAAUAGCAAGGACAUCAGAGACAGCUUAGAGUACGUGGAUGAAGAUGCUCCACAGACCUGGUUGAACAAUGAGAAAAACCGCAGCAGGACCCCGGUUUGCCCCGUGUAUUCCAUCCAGCAGAACCGCUGCAAGACGGAGAAUUGUUCCUUUUACGGGCGCCCUGAAACCAAGAACUUCUGCUCCUGCUGCUACAAAGAGGAACUCAAACGUAGGGAGCGAGAGAGUAAAGGGUCCCGGCAUUGAAGACCGUGGAGCUCUUCGAAUAAAUAUUUAUUUCGUUCAUUUUCUUACUUAGGACAUAUUGUAUGUGGUAAGGGACUGAAAGAGGAAAGACCAGGGGGGAUUCUAGAAAGAUUCUCAAGG